UAUGACAGAGAAAGAAUUGGCGACUGACACCUUAGAGGCUCAACUAGAAGAGGAAAACAGAAAAAAGAGAUUGUUGGAAUUACAAAAACAGCAGGCUGAACUCCAAAAACAGCAAUCUGAAUUACAGAAAACCAUGGAAACCAAAGCUGCAUCACCACCACCAUUAAAACCAUUGCCACCACCACCGUUUCUAAUGCCAAUACAAUCUAGUACUAGUAACGGCUCUUUUCAUCUCAGUGCACUGUUAGAUAAACCCCAAUCAGCUGCACCUAUUAUGCCGAGUUUAUCAUAUCAAAAAAUUGACGUAGCUCGGCAGAUUCCAAUGCCCAAUCUAAAAACUGAAUUUGAGAAGCUGUUAAAAGUGGAUGAACCAGAAUGCAUUGUAUUGGAUAGCAGUAGUAGUGGAGAAGAAGACUCCAAAAGGCAACAAGAACAACAGAAAGAAGACUGUGAUGUCAUUGAAAUUUCAAGUUCGGACGAGACGUCAUGGUGGAUACAGAUGACAGCGAUGGAGCUGAUGAUGAUUUGGAAAAUAGCGGGACACACGUCAAUGAUCAGUUCAACCAGCCAGACCAUCUGGGUAGAGUGUUAGUGAAUGUCAGUC